AUGGACCAACUCAAAGGUGCCUUCGACAGCUUCUCUGGGGGCAACAAUGCUCAACAACAGCAACAAAAAGAGAGCGGCCUCGGUCAGCAGAACGCUGCUUCUGGUAGUGGUAGCGGGAGCUUCCUAGGCGGAUUGGGUGACAAGCUCAAUGCUGCGGCUGGUGGUGGACCGGAAAGUGAGAAGAAUGAGGAUUACCUCGACAAGGGGGUCGACUUUGUCCAAGAGAAGUUCCUCGGUCAAGGUCCUCAGAACAACGAAUCCGCGGUUGAACAAGCCAAGGACGAGCAGAUCAGCGACUUCAUUCGAGACAAAUACAAGUCGGCCACUGGCAAGGAGUUUCCCGUCAAGGACAAGCCGACCCAGUUCUGA